AUGUCUGUCCAGUCUCGAUCAGAACGGCUGUUGGAGCCAAGGCGACCCGGCGGCAAUGCCGAGUAUCGCAAGACCACCGAUGCAGAGGAUGUCAACACCGCAGAGCCACUUUCAGAUGACGGUUACCGUGACUUUGCCGACAUCGAUCCCGAUAGCGGCGUCAAGCGCGGACUCAAGACGCGACAUCUGAGUAUGAUGGCGCUGGCCGGUAUCAUUGGUCCGGGCUUGCUCAUUGGCUCCGGAGGAGCGCUUGCCAGUGGAGGCCCUGCGGCACUCAUCAUUGGGUUUGGGGUAAUCGGAAUAGUGGCUUUCAGCAUUAUGCAGUCACUGGGGGAGUUGACGACACUAUAUCCCACUGGAGGCGCAUUCACAAGCUUGUCAUCGCGGUUUGUGGACAAGGCGUUCGGCGUGGCUGUGGGAUGGAACUAUUAUAUCAUCUGGUGGGCUGUUUUGUCCAACGAGUAUAAUGUCAUCUGCAGCAUAUUCAAUCUGUGGGGUGAGCAGGUUCCGAUCUGGGGAUACUUUCUCAUAUUUUGGACUGCCUUCACUGCUUUCCAGCUCCUCGGAGUUGAGUCUUUUGGUGAAGCCGAAUUCUGGCUUGCACUUCUAAAGCUCAUCGGUCUGGUGGCAUACUUUAUUUUUUCGUUGGUGUAUGUGGGAGGCGGCAUUCCAGGCACGCCCGCUCUGGGAUCUCGCUAUUGGCAUGAUCCGGGUGCCUUUGCGAAUGGGUUCAGGGGCGUCGCAACCGUCUUUGUGUUCUGCAGCACGUUUUAUGCCGGAGUUGAGUCGGUUGCAGUCGCCGCGACCGAGACCAAGAACCCGCGCACCGCAAUCCCUCUGGCGAUUCGGCAGGUUUUUUGGCGCAUCAUCUUUGUGUACAUGGGCAGCGCCAUAUUCUUCGGCUUGACAUGUCCUUGGGAUGCUGAUGGCCUCGUCAGCGGCGAAAAUCGUGCCUUGCGUAGCCCAAUGACGGUGGCGAUACAGAAUGCUGGGUGGCAGAGCGGUGUGCAUCUCAUCAAUGCCUUCAUCUUCGUCACAUGCUUGAGCGCCAUAAACUCGAGCAUUUACAUUGCCAGCCGGACCAUCCUGUUUAUGGCCCAGAGCCAAAUGGCCCCCAAGUUUCUGGGUUGGACAGAUAGGCGCGGGGUGCCGAUACCUGCCAUCUUGUUUGCCAAUACGUGUGGCGCCUUGUCCAUGAUGAACAUCUCGACAGGAGCUGCAACGGCAUAUUCAUACAUUGUCAACUUGAGUGGUGUAUCGACCUUCCUAGUCUGGGGCUCCAUAUCUUUCACCCACAUCAGGUUUCGUACCGCCUGGCAGGCUCAGGGCUUCGAUCCGCAAUCACUGCCGUUUCGAUCCAUGUUGUAUCCUUGGAAUGCAUACUUUGGGUUGGGGGCCAACAUCUUCUUGGCGUUGGUGCAAGGGUGGUCGACAUUGGCACCAUUUGACGCACCCACAUUCGUGGACGCAUACAUUCUGAUACCACUUUUUGGGAUCAUUUAUGUCGCAUACAAGUUUGCGUUCAAGACUCGGUUCUGGAGGGCCGAAGAGAUCGAUCUUCUUUCUGGUCGACGUCGGGAUCUUGAGGAGGACAAAGAGAUUCAUAAUAAUACGCUCGCUGGUGCACCUCUCUCUCUUUGGCAAAGAUUCUUGAAAAACUUUUAA